GAAGUGGACUGUUCAGCACCUUAAAGCAACGGCGGCAGUGGUGGCUGUGUCCCUCACACACGAGCUCUGUAGUGGUUAGUUAGAAAUUUAGUUACUCGUUGUAGUUGUCCCACCAGCCACCAUGUCUGUUUUGUGUUAUAAUAAGGGAUGUGGACAGCGGUUUGAUCCGGAAAAUAACCCAGCCGAUGGCUGCACCUAUCAUCCAGGAGUCCCAGUAUUCCACGAUGCCUUGAAGGGAUGGUCCUGCUGCAAGAGAAGAACUACCGACUUCUCAGACUUCCUCAGCAUUGUUGGCUGUACAAAAGGUCCCCACAACAAAGAGAAGCCCCCUGAGCCGGUGAAACCAGAUGUGACGUCGUCAGGGGAAAAGAAGGAAUCAGACCACCAAAAACCAAAGUUUAAUGAGUACAUCAUCUCUGCACCGAAACCUCAGGAGGCGAUAUGCAGGCCAAGUCCUGAUGAGCCAAUGGUGAAAUUGCAGCAUAAAGUGUCUGCAUCUCUGAAGCAGGCUCUGGAGAAGCUAAAACUAACUGAAAAUGCUGCAGAGAAAAAGGAGGAAGAAAGUGACGAGAUCAAAAUUGGAACAUCCUGUAAAAAUGGAGGAUGUACUAAAAGUUUUGAGGGACCUGCAAGUGAUUCAGAUGUGUGCUCAUACCACGCUGGAGUUCCCAUCUUUCAUGAAGGGAUGAAAUACUGGAGCUGCUGUAAAAGGAAAACCUCAGACUUUAAUGCCUUCCUCUCUCAAGAGGGCUGUACCAAGGGAACACAUCUAUGGAGGAAAAAAGAUGUGGGUAAGAAGGUGGUCCCGUGUCGCUUUGACUGGCACCAGACUGGGACGCAGGUCAUCAUUUCCAUCUAUGCCAAGAAUGCAGUCCCAGAGCUAAGCUAUGUGGAUGCCAACAGCACUACACUCAACAUCCACAUUAUAUUUGACGGGGAGAAGGAAUUUGAGCAGAAACUCAGCUUGUGGGGAGUGAUAGAUGUGAGCAAAAGUUUGGUGAACAUGAUGGCAGCUAAGAUCGAGAUAGCCAUGAAAAAGUCCGAGCCAAUGUCCUGGGCUCGUCUGGACCUUCCUCCGCCUGCCGCUCCACCCAAGGAGAACGAGAAGAAAAAAGCUGAUAGUGAGGAUGAGGAUGAAGAUGAAUGAUGAGGACUGAAAAUAAAGACAUGGUGGGAACGCUAAAGAAUCUUCAGCAAUUUUUUAUGACACUUUUUCAUUAAAAGUUUCAGUAGGCCUCCAAUAUGUUCCCUGCUAAAUUGCACUGAAAUCCCCUGAAAAAUUACAUCAUGCGUUCAGAUAAGAUGUCACUUGUGAUCGUGUUUAGUUUCAGACCCAUGUAGACUUGAUGUCACACUAAUGGACCGCAGCUGUGACCAUUUUUCAUAAUUUCAGGGAUAUUUGGUAAAGAACGGUUCCUUCUGUAUAUUUCCAGUAUGUGUUUUUUUUUUUUUUUUUUUUUUUUUUUUUUUUUUCUCUUUCAUUCCAUCCUUUGGUUUUUCAUAGAUUUAUUGAGUUUUCUCCACAAGUAUCACAUCAGACCAAAUAGUGCAAAAACUGCUCUGAUUAGCUUGACAUUUGCAUCAAUAAAUUGUCCAUACUUGUAUAGUAUGAAAUUUAUUCAGAAUAAAUGAUGCGAUUAAAGAAUUAUCUUGAAUAUUAAAAUUAAAUUUUUUGGAAAUGCGCUUCAACACUCUCAAGCUUUUCUCAGUAAAAAUUGUAGAUUUGCUCCAAAUUAUGUUUGACAUCAUUACACUCAUUGUAAAUUUUGUACAAGUUUUACUUUCAGAUAAAGUAUUUAUCUUUUUUCUUGUCAAAACAAUGUAGUGUGGUUUUAAUGAGAAUGUACUGUAAUAUCUGAGAAUGCCAAUUAAAUACAAAGUAUUUUAAGCAAAGUACUGUAUCAUAAAAUGUUAUGCUAGAAAACGUGUCUAGACUUUAGAUUAUAUGAACUGUGAUUUGGGCAAAAAGAGACACAACAGAAAAGUAAAGUUCUAGGAAAGGGAACCAGUUUGACCAAAAAAUAAACUUCUGGGAUGAGA